AUGCCCCUCGGCCUCCUCGGGCGCUGGGGCGGCGCGGUCGUCGCGCACGGCAAGAGCCUCAUUCACACUGUCGUGUUCAGCAUGCCAUCAAAUAGCACGAACGGGACGGUUGUCGAGACCAACGCGACGGCGCCAGUCUCGCCUAUGGGGAAGCAAAGCGUCCCGCUCAUUAGCUUUGCUGGGAGCGGAUAUGAUGUGACUCUCAUCAUCAUGGUUAGUGCAGUGGCCAUCCUCCUCAACCGCAUCCACAACAUCGUCAACCGCGAACAGCGUCCACCACCACCCCCUCCUGCCUCGCCCGGCUGGCGCGCAGCCAUCCGCCGACGUGUCCGCACAGCACUCACGAGCCCAAAAGCGUCAGCUUGGCUACGUGUGCCUGGCAUCAUCGCGUUGCUGCACGCAUGGGCACUCUUCACCGUCGUACUCAUGCAGACGGCGCACGUGUGGCCGCGGAGUGCAACCGACGCUGUUGAACGCCUCAGCGACUCUCUGGCGUUGAGCUAUUACCCCACGGCGUGGCCGCUCGUCGCGACGCUGGACUACGUCGGCGGUGUGGUUGACCGUCUUGGCCAAUGGGGCGCAGGCAUGACAAUGCCGGACGUGUGCUGGACCGUGUUUGUCAGUGUGUGUUUCAGCCUCACAAUGGGCGCGCUCUCGACUGGCCUAGACGUUGCACGGCGACGGGACGUCGGUGUCGGUUUCAACCUCUUUGGCUUCUCUUACGUCCUCCAUCUGUACGCCUCGCCAUGGACACACGUCCGGAAUCCUCAGGCGUCAUCGCACGGCCGUCCAGACGUCCACCCGUUAUUCCAGCUCUGGGUCGGGCUCACGGAGCUUACAUGGCUGCAGAUCAACGAGCUCUCGCCCACACUGCGUCGCAACCAGCUCGUGCCCACCGGCGUGUGCGGGACAUUCGGGCUCGCGGCGUUCACCCACAGCUUGUGGACACAACAACUACGCUUCCCCAGCUUUACCUUCCUUACGCACCUGCUCGCCCUCGUGUUGUCCGUUAUCAUAAGCUGCACGUUGGUUGUGCGCGCCAUCACUCUGCUCUUCACUCACGGCUACAUCCCAUCACCGAUCCUGCAGAGCCUACUUCCCCACGAGGGUGCACUGCCAUCGAUUGAGGACGACAUUGGCGUUGCGCUCCUUAAGCUUGGUGUAGCGUGCAUCGAGUCGACACAGUUCUCGGGACUGCGGAACGAGCUCGCCUCUAUCAAGGAAGCGCAGCCAGAGAUCCGUAUUGGCGGUGACGGCGUGGAGAUGAUUGGCGUCAAGGUCGGCAACGGCGGGUUUGGCACACGUAUCGACAAGAUCCAGGCUGCCGAACUCCGCGAUCCCAACGCCGAAAGCCCGUACCUCAUCCAUCUCUCGCGUUUCUGGGCGGCAUGUGUCCUGCUCGUCCGCAACAUAUUCUGGACCACCGUGCUAUCGACCUGGGUCGGCCGCGACCUCUACCGGCUCACGUGGAGGAUGUAUCAGGCUCGGUGGUGGUACGGCCCACGGCAGUGGACGUUCUGGCGCACCGGCGCAUGGGAUCCACCACGCCGCCAUACCGGGAGUGAACCUCCUCUCCUGAUUGCUUGGGCACUCGCCAAGCGGCGUCACCGUGCUCUCGAACGAAUGCGGGGCCUACGAGUUGUGCCACCAGCCGAGCCGACGAUCGCCGAGGCCACCGGCCAGGACUGGACGUACGAUCAAGUCCUGCGCGGUGAGGUAGAGGUCGCCGAUGAAGACGACGACGACUGGUCCUCUGAUGGCUCGGUCGUGUCGGCGGAAAGCGAGUCGGAGGAUGAGGAGGACGAAGCGGCGCUCUACCGCGACCUCGUGCGCGGCAAGUCACCAAUGGAAGGUGGCGAAGCGAUCCAGCCCAUCCUCCUUGCGCAUUUGACGUCCACUUCGAGCUCGCCUCUCACGCGGCGGCGCUACGCGCAGAUCAUGUCGGCGCCUUCGGGGCCCUCGACACCAUCACGUGCCCUCACGACUGCCACCACUCCGUCCCUCGACCCACUGACUGACGCGAUCGUCAUGCGCCAGAGCGAGACGAGAGACGUGCAGCGAGACGAGUGGGACGAGGAGCGGCGGCGCUCCUGUGUCAUCUGCAUGGUGCAAACGCGUGACGUGAUCCUGUGGCCAUGCCGCUGUCUGCUUAUGUGCAGCGACUGCCGUGAGAGCCUCGCGGCGCGCCUGAGUGCCAAGGACCAUGCUUGUCCCAACUGCCGCACCAAGGUGGAAGGGUAUAGCCGCAUAUAUGUUCCAUAG